UGAACUUCCGCAGCAGCGUUUUGACCGACAAAUGAGCGCGCGCGAUCGCACGAGCGACAGAAUCUUUGUUGCGCCGUCGGCCCCAAACGGCCAACGGCAUGAGCUGCCUGCGCUGGCAGCAUGGAGACAAUACCGCGGACGAAAGAAAUUCGCGAACGAAAUGUAGAAUGCUUCGCUGGCAAGAUCAAUACAGAAAAGGUCUACGGUACACUGAUCUUGCAACGACAUCACUUGAUCAUAUCCACACCAGAGCCACCAAGCCAGCGCAGUUCUGGUUCCGCCACGCCUAAGGGCGAAGGAGACUCGAGUACUGCAGCUGCAGCCGCAGUCGCAAGCCCUCACACACCUGCGAAACGCAAAACGAAAGAAACCUGGUUCCCAUAUCCACUAAUCAAUUCUUGUGUCUUGAAACCGAGUCAAGCACAUCAUACACGCCCGCAGGAAUCUGAUGAACAUCGCCAUGAGCAAGGAGUUGAUCGCGACGAUGCAGCGUUUCCGCCGGUCUAUGGCACCAAUGAAGCCGGCAGGCCGAGCACAGAUUCGACGUCUGCGCUGUCUGCUUUCACAUCACCCCAAAGGCUGUUGACGCCUGUAGGCAACAAUGCAACGACGAUACACAGCUCAUAUAAUGGGCGAGCGCCGGAAAUUCGAAUCAGUACGCGCGACUUCAGACAGAUGGUCUUCAUCUUCCAUGGUGAUGGCAAAACGUCUGCUGAUGCAGCAGCACGCAGGGUGUUUUACUGUCUCAGGGAUCGAUGCUGCGUUGAUCGUGUGCAAGAUUUGCAUGCGUUUCACUUCAAAGCGCCCCAUGAGGAGCUUGCGGCGAAGAUCAACCCAUAUGACGCUCGACGUGAAUUCGCACGAAUGGGCAUAGGUGGGAAGUCCUCAGAAGGGCCGGGCAGUGCCUGGCGCCUCACAACCAUCAACCAGGACUACACCUUUUCUCCGACGUAUCCUAGUGUACUGUGCGUGCCUGCUAAUGUUACCGACAAUAUACUCAAGUAUGGUGGCCCAUACAGGUCUAAGAGCAGAAUACCAGCCUUGACAUAUCUUCAUUCAAACGGCGGUAGCAUUACACGAUCAUCACAGCCUAUGCCCGGUCUCGCUGGAAAGAGGAAUGCCCAAGACGAGCGUCUCGUAUCGGCAAUAUUUUCUAGCCACGUGCUUUCAGAGCAAGGCCCGAAAGACUUCCAACCCCAAGAUGCAUUGCACCAAAACGACGUUGAUGGCCCGUCAUCAAAGUCCUCGGAGCAAGCUCCUGAUAUACCUGCCGAAGACAUGGAUACAGCCGACUUAGAUCCCUCCGAGGCAGAGUCUGGGCCGAAGAUCUACGGUACUACUCGAAGGAAGAUGAUUGUGGAUGCGCGACCCAGAUUCAAUGCUUUGGCCAAUCGUGCCACUGGAGGUGGCAUUGAAGACGUGGCGAACUACAGUGGCAACACUAAACGUCCUCCAGAGCGAGUCUUCCUCGACAUAGCAAACAUCCAUGUUAUGCGCAAGUCCUUGGCCAAAGUUGUGGAGAGCUUGGGCGGCGCAGAAGUCACGCAUCUGAAGAUUUCUCAUGAGUCGCUUCAGAAAUCUGGUUGGCUGGGCCAUAUUGCAGGUCUAUUAGAAGGUUCCGAGAAGGUCGCGAGGGCUAUUGGACUUGGUGGAGAUCAUGUCUUGCUUCAUUGCUCGGACGGCUGGGAUCGUACAUCUCAGGUCGCUGCAAUUGCGCAGGUUAUGCUUGAUCCCUACUAUCGAACACUCGCAGGCUUCAUCGCCCUGGUCCAGAAAGAUUUCCUAUCUUUUGGCCACAAGUUCAAUCACCGGCACGGCAUCUUGGGAUGCGAGAAAUGGUUCGAUAUCGAGAACGAGCGAGUGAUGCCAUCUCAUGGUGCUGAGAAUGGCAGCUUGGAGCCGACUUUUGGAUCGAAGGCAUUCUCAGGCGCAAAAAAUUGGUUCGAAAAGAAUAGAAACGGGUUGUUCAGACAACAGAAUGACAGCCGCAGCAGUCUUGAGGAGUCGGGAUCUCGGCCUCCUUCACCUCCGGCGAAUGCGAUCUUGCAUGCCCCUGCCACGACAAGCACUGCCAAGGACAGAGAGCACAAAGUGAAAGAGGAUGAGAUCGCACCCAUCUUUCACCAAUUCCUCGACGCCAUCUUCCAGUUGCAACACGAAUACCCGGAUGCCUUCGAGUUCAACGAGAGGUUCCUUGUAAGGCUGUUCUACCACGUCCAUGCGUGCCAGUACGGGGAGUUCCUCUUCAACAACGAGCGGGAACGAGCAGCACAGGAACAUCUUUUUCCGUCCGUGUGGCCGCACUUCUUGGCCAGACGGCGAGACUUUGUCAAUCCCAACUUUUCGCCAAAGGCGGAACAUACUCUGCUAUUCCCGCGACGCUCGCCCGCAACUCGUACGGUAACAGUACGGUGGUGGAGCUCUCUCUUCAAGCGCGCAGACGCAGAUAUGAACACCCCUGUCUCACUCACGAUCGUGAACGAGAAUCAGCAGCAAACAUCCAGUUUGCAUGAGGAAACAUCAGAUCCGAGUGCUUUUAGCCACAAAAAUUCGGACAGUGCGACCAACGGUGUAGCAGCAGGCAUUCCUGGUAGCAUUGGGGCUAUGCGAGAUAACAUUGCUGCGACAUUUGCUUCACUUCAGGUGAGUAGCAAUGGACAACAGAACCGGGAGAGUGCGGCAAAGUCUCCUGCCCGCCCGGCAUUGGAGCAACGCGAGACAGAUACGGAGGUACUUGCGUCCUAUGUGAACGCCACACAAGCCGGUCCAAGCAGUGGAGAAGUGGAGGCAGAAAAGCCGGCACCAGAGCCCUUGCACAGCAAGCUCGAUGUCGCCGCCUUUUCACAAGGCAGCGCAUAUACUGAUAGGUAG